GAAUUAAUUAUCUACGACUUAACAAAAAGUAGGAAGUAACAGAAAAAAGAUGGCGGCCAGUGGUCGCCACGGCGGUCGACCUUUCGUUAAAAGUGGCCGAUUCAGAGCUCGACAUGAAAGUGCAGACGAAAAUUUGAAGCUUGAUUUUUCGAGAGACCCAAAUGAAAAUUUGAAAGAGAUUUUAGCUGUCAUAGUUUCCCAAAGUAGUAUACCAAAAUCUAAGAAGCUAGCAUACCUGAAUGCUUUAGUCAAACUUAUACUUAAAUAUGGAAAUGACAAAUACUCAGGCUUCACAAAGAGAGAUAUUUUGUGUUGUUUAAGAGUAGGAUUAUUCCAUGAGGCAAAAGAAGUACGAGCGGCAGUGUUACGAGUGCUGCGAUACUUUCUCCAGGACCAAGAGACCGUCGAUUUAUUUUACACUCUCCACAUAGAUUACUUAAUUGUCAGGUCAAUAGAUUUAUGUUUAGACAAUGAAGUAGAGAGAAUACAUGGGAUUAAACUAGUCAGAAAAAUUCUGCAGAUUGCACCCAAGAAAUUGUCCGAUCUCUUAUUUUAUCCAUUGGUUGCCAUUAGUAAUGAUGGAACAGCCGAGAGAGACCGAAUGGUCAGGAUAGCUCUAGAAACGAUAUGUGAAACAGCAUUUGUGAAUCCUGAGUUAUUGGCAAGAUGUGGAGGAAUUGGUGCUAUUUUAAGAGCUGCUCUGGACUGCCACCAAUAUCCCAGAAUUAACGAAUCGCUGGUGUCCACCAUUCUACAUCUACUGAACCAUCCCAGGACCAGACAUUUCAUCAAGUUUAACACAGAUCUAGAGCAACUGUUAGCCCCCUUCACAGACUGCCAUUACAGAUUCAGUGCUGAGUCAUCAGAGCAAUCCUCAGGUGAGGAGAAGGAGAAUCGAUUUGCAGCCAGUAAAAUGGCUGUCGUCUCCAUCAUGCGAACUUGGUCGGGAAUUAUUCGUUUUUGUCGACCCGAUGGCAGUGGUUUACAGUCCCUUGUUGGCAUUCUCUACCUACCAUACAAAGAAAUUAGGCAUGGAAUACUAGAGAUUUUAUUUGAUUUAUUUCGGUUGAAAAUUCCCGAGUCAACAGAUGAUUUCGACACGGCUUUAUUAAGUGUGGAUCCGUCUGAGAUGCAGGAAAACUGGAAGAUAACAGAUGGAUUUGUAGCUGAGGAGGGGAAGUGUAUUCUGCCCCACAUGGCUAAAAUCAGACCAAAUUUAAUUGAAAACCAUUUAGCAUUACUUCUGUCUGCAUGGAUUGGAGCUGGAAUUCUAGAGGCAUUAGUAGAAGUGAUAAUCAGCAGUGACCGUCAACUCUUUGUCCGUGCCACAAUCCUCCUCGGUGACCUACUUCAUUUAGCCAGUACCAUGCUUCCCCCCGAGUGCUCCCAUCACAACCACUGUCUGCCAUCUCUCCUGGCCCUGGCCUCCUCACCUGAUCUCAACUCGGCUCAGACAUU